CGUGGCUGCGCCUCUGUCAGCUGAGGGUCACGUGGGCCAGGCCGGAACCCGGCGCCUCCCGCUCGGCUGGGCUCAGGAUGCGCGGCGGGCAGGGCGCGGCGCGGGCCCCGGUGAUCCAGUUCACCAACUGCCGCAUCCUGAGGGGUGGCGCGCUGCUCAGGGAGGACCUCUGGGUGCGCGGGGGCUGCAUCCUGGACCCGGAGAAGCUGUUCUUUGAGGAGCGGCGCGUGGCUGACCAGCAGCGGGACUGCGGCGGUUGCAUCUUGGCGCCCGGCUUCAUCGACGUGCAGAUAAACGGUGGGUUUGGCGUUGACUUCUCACAGGCCUCGGAGGACGUGGGUUCGGGGAUUGCCCUGGUGGCCCGGAGGAUCCUGUCGCAUGGAGUCACCUCUUUUUGCCCCACGUUGGUCACAUCACCACUGGAGGUUUAUCACAAGGUCCUUCCUCAGAUCCCCGUGAAGAGUGGUGGUCCCCAUGGGGCAGGGGUCCUCGGGGUGCACCUGGAGGGCCCGUUCAUCAGCCGGGAGAAGCGGGGCGCGCACCCAGAGGCCCAUCUGCGCUCCUUUGAGGCCGACGCUUUCCAAGACGUGCUGGCCACCUACGGGGGCCUGGACAAUGUCCGCAUCGUGACACUGGCCCCCGAGCUGGACCACAGCCACGAGGUGAUCCGGGCGCUGACGGCCCUCGGCAUCUGUGUGUCCUUAGGGCACUCAGUGGCUGACCUGGGCACUGCGGAGAAAGCCGUGCAGAGCGGGGCUACCUUCAUCACCCACCUCUUCAACGCCAUGCUGCCUUUCCACCACCGUGACCCCGGCAUCGUGGGGCUCCUGACCAGCGAUCGGCUGCCUGCAGGCCGCCGUAUCUUCUAUGGGAUGAUCGCUGACGGCAUACACACCAACCCAGCCGCCCUGCGCAUUGCCCACCGGGCCCAUCCCAAGGGGCUGGUGCUGGUCACUGAUGCUGUCCCUGCACUGGGCUUGGGCAACGGCCGACACACGCUGGGGCAGCAGGAGGUGGAGGUGGAUGGGCUGACAGCCUAUGUGGCAGGCACCAGCACGCUGAGCGGCAGCAUCGCCCCAAUGGAUACCUGUGUGCGGCACUUCCUGCAGGCCACAGGAAUGUGGCCAGGGUCCCGCCUACAGGAGGUUCGGUCAGGAGAGGGCGGCGCGAACCAGCAGGGGGCCGGAACCCAGAGCGACUGGCCCUGGAGCCACAGCACCCAAGGGUGGGGCCUGUGAGAUUGUGGUUGUGAGGGGGAGGGGUGGGUGUCUGGCAGAGGCCGUGGUGGGCCAGGCCCUGGUGGGCCAGGCCCUGCGAGGCUCUACGCAGUGCCCUGGGGCUGGGGUGUCAGGCUGGGGGGAGCACUGUGGUCCGGGAUGCUAGUUGGAGGAGCAGGGAGACGGGUUAGGAGGCAGAUGACAGCUUGGGGAGUGAAGCAGGGGCUGGAAAGAAUUGGGGUACCAGCAGCAUCCCCAGGUUGGGGGGAGGGGGGCUUUGAAGUUCCAGGGCUGGGGGGCACCCUGCUGGGGACCCUCUUCACACCAUGCCCCACCCCAGCUCUGCAGGGACCCCACUCACAAAACACUUGGGGCCCAGAUGCCUUCAGCCCCUCCCCUUGGCUUCCAGAGAGAGCACCCUUCCUGGAAGCAGGACCCCGGGCAUCCGGGAGGCCACCCAGGACUCUGCCCCUCCCCCCGCACCCCACCCCAUCGAGUGGCAGAGCCAGCCGGAGGUCGGGGCUGGUCACCACCACC